UCGCGCUGUGCCAGAGAAAUAUGGAGUAUGGAGUCACGAGGUUUGUCACGGGAAAGCUUAUAUUUCGAUUUGAGACUACCUGGAGGCGUUCCUCGAAAAUUGAACUAAACAGAGAGACAACAUAAUCCAAAAGAUCAAGAAGACCUCGCAGACAUUGUCAAACGUUCGCUUGAAUUCGUAGGCAUGGCUUUACCUGUCUUCUCGGCGAGAUCAAGUUUAGUUGUGGUUGUGUUAAUACUGAGUGUGUAUUUGCUUUCAGCCAAAUCUCAUUUCACUGUUUUUGGUAGGAAAGCGGUAGAGCACAAUGUCUCGAUAAAUUUGGAUCGCGCUGUGUUCACUGUGAACGAAAAGUUUCUCUCCGUUGCCAUUGACUCUAGUAUCUUGAGGCACCACUGGUCACCGUACGUAAACUUUACCUCGGAGAAGCUGUAUACGCUUGCUAAAGGUCUCUCUCCAGCAUUUCUCCGGGUUGGAGGAACUUCAGAAGAUUUCUUAAUCUAUGAUGACUCAAAAGACUUCCAGACGUUCCAAAAUUUUAGCAAUUUUACAAUCUCACAUGCAGAUUUGGACAAGAUACACCUUUUGUCAUCAAAAGCUGACUGGGACGUCAUGUUUGGCUUGAAUGUGUUUUUAAGGGGAAAAGAUGGAUCUUGGAAUGCAAGCAAUGCAAAAGAAAUCAUGCAAUAUGUUGCAGAUCAUGGAUAUCGCUUUGGAUGGGAGCUUGGGAAUGAGCCAAACUUGUUUAAGAAAUUUAACAAGUCUAUUUCACCUGAAGAAUUGACAGCAGACUUUACCACACUCAGAGAAAUACUUAAAAGCAAUCCUGGGUUUGGCAACUUUCUUGUUGGCCCUGAUGUAACACGCAUAUUAAAUCACUCAAAAAGUGGCAUCUAUUUGGAGAGCUUUUUUACCCAUGCCAAGGAUGUCAUAGAUGCAGUUACCUGGCAUCAGUAUUAUGUCAAUGGAAGAACAUGCUCUGAGAAAGACUUUUACAAUCCAGAGGUCCUGGAUUACUUUUUGCAUGAAGUGAGUGAAGCCAAUUCGAUACUGGAUGGAAUAAAAUCAGGAUUUUCUCGGUGGCUUGGUGAAACUAGCAGUGCAUAUGGAGGAGGAGCAAGUGGAUUGUCAGACAGAUAUGUGGCUGGAUUUAUGUGGCUAGACAAGCUAGGUCUGGCAGCUCGGUUGAAACAUGAGGUGGUUGUGCGACAGACGUUUGUUAAAGGAAGCUACUCUUUAUUAGAUGACGAUCUGGAUCCAAAUCCGGACUACUGGCUCUCUCUUUUACACAAACGUCUUGUUGGAGAGAAGGUGCUGGACGUGAGUGGUCAGACAGAAGAGAAACGAAAGGUUCGAGUGUACGCCCAUUGCUCAAGCAGUCAGUAUCCAUUGGGUUCUGUCACGCUUCUUGCUCUCAAUGUCCUCUUGGAUACGCCAGUCGUCCUGAAACUCAACGGUGAACUUAAAGGAAAAGAUGUCGACGUAUAUCUUCUUACUCCUGAGAACGGCGACCUAUUGACAAAGACCGUCAAGCUUAACGGUAAAGUUCUCAAGCUAGUGGAUGACCGCACGCUCCCAGACCUCGCGCCGAAAAGUGUGCCGGGAGACGAACCCCUCAAUCUUCCACCUCUGACCUUUGGCUUUUAUGUCAUUCCAAAAGCCUCUGCGAGUGCUUGUGGUUAAUGGAUUAAUUUAACAGCUUAUGCAGAUACGCAGAAAAAAAAAAAAAGUUAAUAUGCACGACCUGUCAGAUUUCGUCAAAUGCAUUAUUGUGAGCACUGGAGUUAAAAUAUUGAAUCACCAGUGGGUAUUAACGAAUAAUAUAUGAUUAAUUUAUUAAGGAGUAAGAAAUGAAACCUAAAAUCUCUCUGUUUGUGUGGUCCUUACAAUAUACAAUUUUAAAGUUACAAAGUUUUAUGUCAAAACAUAAAGUCAAUGGGUAAAAAAUUAAAAAUAAACGAGUUGAAUCAGGGCAGAAUAAUAUUGGGUCGUUUAUGAAACACUAUUUAGCCAAUGUCUUGCUGAUGCUAGAUUGCACCUCAGUAUUGUAUUAUCGUUUACUGUUUGUCAUUGAAGUAUGUCGUGAAACAGACUCAGGAAAGAGCUUUGUGAGAGGGAAGAAAAGUUCACAUAUAAGUAA